AGGCAUGAGUGUGGGAAGGGCCCACCACCAUAGCUUCGUGUCCUGUGAAGAAGGCCUGAGACUAAGUACCAUGCCUGCUGUGGGCAGCUUUGGCAAUGGCAAGAUUCACACCAGACGCAAAUACCACAGCCGGUUCGUCAGCAAGGCUGGCCAAUGCAACAUCCAUUUCUCAAACAUGGAUGAGAAGUCACAGCGGUACAUAUCUGACAUUUUCACAACGUGUGUCGACAUCCGCUGGCGAUACAUGUUCCUGCUAUUCGCCCUGGCGUUUGUUGUGUCCUGGCUAACAUUUGGCUUGGGUUUUUGGGUCAUCGGCCUCCUACACGGUGACAUGGACCAUCCAGAAGGGGAUGACAGUUUUGUUCCUUGUGUCACACAGGUCAACACCUUCGUGGCAGCUUUCCUGUUCUCUGUUGAGACCCAGACAACCAUUGGGUACGGUGCUCGUUGUGUGACGGAGGAAUGCCCGGCCGCUGUCUUCAUGGUGGUCUUUCAGUCCAUCAUGGGCUGCAUCAUCGACGCCUUCAUGAUUGGUGCCAUCAUGGCCAAGAUGGCGAGGCCCAAAAAGCGGGCAGAGACUCUUCUGUUCAGCCACAACGCAGUCAUCGCUUUACGUGAUGGGAAGCUGUGCCUCAUGUUCAGGGUUGCUAAUCUGAGGAAGAGUCACAUUGUUGAAGCUCAUGUGCGAGCCCAGCUAGUCAAGCCCCGAUUCACAGAGGAAGGCGAAUACAUCCCAUUGGAUCAGCUUGACAUGAACGUAGGCUAUGACAAAGGCACAGACCGCCUGUUUCUGGUUGCACCUCUUACUGUCAUACAUGAGAUUGAUGAAGAGAGUCCGCUGUUUGGCAUCAGUAAACAAGAUCUCACAACAUCUGACUUUGAGAUCGUAAUUAUACUUGAAGGCAUGGUGGAGGCCACAGCCAUGACGACGCAGGCACGCAGCUCCUACCUUUCCUCAGAAAUCCUGUGGGGUCACCGCUUUGAGCCCGUCAUCUUUCAGGAGAGGAGCCAGUACCGGAUAGAUUACGCAUACUUUCACAAAACAUUCGAAGUACCAUCCACCCCGAGAUGCAGUGCCAAGGACAUGGAGGAGAGGAAAUUCCCAACAUCUGGCGCCAACUCCUUCUGCUAUGAGAACGAGCUGGCCUUCAUCAGCAAGGAUGAGGAGGGGGAGGGAGAUGUGGAGAAAGAGGAAAACAGGAAGUGUUCAUCUGAGCUAGUGAGUGAGCAGGGAGGUGAUCAGAAGUCAUCCCGUAGAGAAUCUGAGAUUUAACCUUUUGCUGUUGC